UGUAUUUCAUAAUUUAAGGGGACAACUUUGACUGCUUGACUGUAAUUUUUUUAAAGCAAGUCAAAAAUGGCGGUGUUUGGCCAAAAGUGAGGUUAGGUCAAAAAAAAACAAAAAGUUUUUGCAAUGAGUGUGCCCCCAAAUGCAGCCCCUCCGGAGCCCAUCAACACCGAGUCCACUGGCUGGAAGAUUUUUUCUGCUUUUAUUCACGACACCCCUCUAAGUGUGCCCGAGGAAGACCUGUGGACUUACGUUUCUGACGAACUGAAGCUCGAUACUCAAGGGAUUCCGUACGAAUGCAGGGAACAAUUGCCUUUAAUCUUAGUGGCGUUUAUGAAUAUCUGGUCCGGGUGGCACUUUAAGACCGAUUUUCGGGAGGGGAAGUUUCCCAAGGAGCAUUAUUACCAUCGUUUCCACAAGUAUAUGAGACACAAAUUGCACACAGCCAUUCGGGGGCAGCUAGCUGUUGCUCUCAAAGCCGUAAAAGACCAGCAGCAGAGAACGGCUGCGCUAGUUCAGGCGGAGCCUGAGAAUAAAAUUGAUUCGGAUUUUUCGCCCUUCACUAUUCACGUGCAGUGUCCGGCAAAUAUGUUGAAUACUAUUGUUUUCUCAAAUGUUGGAGAUGAUAUUGUGAUGAAACAGCACCUUGGGGGCGAAUGGGAGGAAUUAACAACAACCCAACUUUUGAACUGGCCUCACGUUGAGGCGAUUUUUCGUACGAAGGAUAUCUGUUUCGUGCGACGGCAACGCACUGAAUAUUUGCGUUAUUUAAAUUUCUUACCGCACGAAUCGGUCAAACACUCAGAAUCCGUCAUUGACAACGUGGAAAUUUUGCCGAAUUACGGAAACCAAAGGCGGUGUUUCAGCUACAACUUCUUCAAGGCGUAUUUUAACACUUAUCUCGAAUUUUUGGAGAAAUUGGUCGCUCCAGUAAAAUUCAACGAGAUCCAAGACAUCCUCACUCAGUUCCUCGAGGACGUGAAAUACAUCAACGUGAAUAACAGCAUGGUGACCAACACUUCAGUCUCAUUCAGAUUAUCUCCAGUGCCAUUCAUUCGCAAUAAAAAAUUAGUGAAAAACUCCGAUAAUAAACUAGACUCGAGGGUGGGAUAUUGUGAAAUAAUAACGCCACAAAUUGAGUUGAUUUUGGUGUAUUGCAAGGCCGAACAGACGGAUACGCCAUAUCUCAGUUUUGAUUUCAUCGAAGAACUGAAAAAUUCGGACAAAACUGAGGCUGUCAUUAUGCCGUCCAUAGUGUACAGGUGUACGUUUUGCAGUGUUCGAUUUACUUCGCACGAUUCGAAAAAAAUGUUACUGCAGCAUUUAAAAAUUACACACAAGAUGGAACAACAAGUUCGGUGUACUUACUGUAAGAAACAUUUUAAUGUGCCCAGUUUGGCGGCAAAUCGGUGGUCACAUAAGUGUCAGCCAAGUCAAAAUAGUUCGGUUAGUCGUUCUAAUAAUGCGGUGUCAAGUACUUCAGGCACUUCAAGUGAGCAAACGAGUAUUACAAUUAAUUAAAAAGUUAUUGUUUGAAGGAAAAGAGAAAUGUAUUUUGUAUUGUGUGAUGAUUUAGUCUUGGUUGAUAAUUUUGCCACUUCAUUUUUUACUUCGGUUGUACUCAUACAAGGUGAAUCAGCAAAAAAUAUUUUUACUAAUUUUUUACGUGUGUUUUUCCAAAACAUAUCUUUUAAGCUUCGUUAGAAAUCUUCAUAUUUCGAUCAAUUAAUAACUGUAGAAAAAUUCACUUGCACAGAGAAACAUAUAAAGUACUUAAUAGCACUUAAUAGCAGCAAUAGCACUUAAUUCGGUGUAAUCAUUGUUUUUUUAGAAAAAUGCUAUUAGCAGACUCACCUGUAUGCCACCAGGUUAAUGUAUUUAUUAUUUUUUAACUUGUAUUUAAGUAUAGUAUUUGUUUAAUUUUACACUUAGUCAAGAAUAAGAACAUCGAAGUAAGGAUUUCACGUCAUGCGUUUUUUUGUUAUUUUCUAUAGCUAUUAAUUUAGGUUCUGUUAUUUAGAAAUUUUCAAUUUUGAAAAUUAUUUGUGUUAUACAAUGGCGAGCAAAAAAUUUCGGGCACCUUUGACAUUUCACUGACAUAAUCCUGUGUAAUUCCCUAUCCUUUUUGACAAUGAAGUGACAAAAGUGCCCGAAAUUUUUUGCUCGCCGUUAUACGUGAAUGAUAAUAAACAAUUAUGCAUUUUUUA